AUGCCUUUCGCAAAGCAACCGAUGCAGCAACAGCAUCAACAGCGCCAUGCCACCUCUGGUAUGCCGAUGGGAUUUGAGAAGCUCCUAAAUCACUCACCAGCCCCUUCUCCUCCGCCACGACGACCUUCAACCUCCUCUCGCUACCACCUACAUAUCAGACAACAGCCCAUAGCAGCGCGAGCGUGUGGUGCCGGUGACAGAGACCGGAGACCCGUGGACCCGCCUCCGAUCAUCCAAAUACUUCUAACUGACUUCGAUCCAAAUUCAGAUCAGGACACAGAUAUCCUACAAGAUCCACGGUUUACAGUGGGGUGUCUUCUUGUCCCCGUACAAGUCUCGCCCGAGGUGGAUGGAGAAAACACAGCUCGAGAAGACCGAGCAGGGGCGCAGAGGGCGGAGGGAGGUACUUCAGGACCGGCCACGCCCCUUUUAUCCGGAAAGUCAUUUGUGUCGCCCUUUUACGUGGACGCAGAUCCUGAUCCCGCCACAGCACCAGCCCACCCUUCAAGCGAGGAUUAUGCGGCGAAUAUGAGACGUCAGCCAAUGCCGUUGGUCGGAAUGAAACAGCCCGCAGCUUUUUAUAUAUUCUCCGAUUUAUCUGUCCGAACCGCGGGACUGUAUCGAUUGCAAUUCCAACUCAUGAACUGGGGCUGUGUAGAGGACGCUGGACCAGGACAGUCGAUGCCCAUCCUCGCAGAGGCUUGGUCCGAUCCCUUUCGUGUAUACCCGGCUAAAGAUUUCCCUGGUAUGCGAGACUCAUCGCCUCUCGCCGAGGGACUCAAGGAGCUUGGUUUCGUCGAGCUCAAGACAAGAGGGAAGGGGAGAGGAAAAGGAAGACGUCGCUAG